AUGCAGGACACCGGAUUGACAUGUAGAGAAAGAUGUCGUUUGCAAGGCCACACAGACUCCGUGGUGGAGGUAGCCUUCAGCACAGAUGGGGUGUACGCAGCAACAGGCUCGUACGACGGAACUGUGAGGAUAUGGAAUAGUGGGGAUGGAUCACUUGUACAAUGCUUAGAAGGUCCUUCGAAGGAAGUUGAAUGGAUCCUGUGGCAUCCAAAAGGUCAUGCCAUCCUGGCAGGGUCAAAUGACACCAUGGCAUGGAUGUGGUGGGCGCCGACUGGAAAGGUGAUGCAGAUCUUUGCUGGCCAUGCUGCAGGUGUGUCCUGUGGCUGCUGGGGGCUUGGCGGAAAGGUGGUGGUUACUGGCUCUGAAGACCGCGGCAUCAUCGUGUGGAAUCCACGUGCCGGAACACCACAGCACCACAUUCGCGAGGUGCACGAAAGCUCCAUAAUCUCUAUUUGCUCACACCCCGAGUCUCCGAUUGUGGUGUCCGGAGCUGAAGACGCUACAGCCAAAGUGGUGCAGAUCGAGUCAGGGAAGGUGUUAGCACCGUUGCCUGGUCACAUUGAUUCUGUCGAAGCCGUAGCGUUCAGCAAUUCUUCCAAAGAAGGUCUCUUGCUCCUGGCCACCGGCAGCAUGGAUGGCUCUGUGCAGAUUUGGGACGCAAAGUCCAUGGAACUUAGAUGUACCGCGAAGGAGCACUUUGACAAGGGUGGAGUUGUCAAGCUGAAAUGGCUUCCCGGGUCCUUUUUUUGGAAGUUGGCCAGGAACCGAGGUGUAACAUUAAUUUGA